GGAGAAGGAGGCAGCCAGGCGCGGUACGAGAGGGAGGGGAAAAGUGAUCGACAGAUCCAAUGAGGGGAAGGCAGCCAACGGGCUUCCACGGAGACUGGAGACAAUUGAUCUGCGGGAGCUGGCUCAGGCUCCCUCUUUAACGUGAGGCGUGCACAGCCUCAGCCUCGCAGCUCGCCGGACCUGGCUGCAAAGCUGCGCGGCUGUGAUCCGGGGCUAGUUCCUCGUGGCGGCCGAAUCGCGCUAGAUCUCCACCAAGCCGGCCAGACCCCGUUGGCGAAGCGGGUUUCUUUUCUGUUAUUUUGCUUUUUUCAUUGCUUGCUUGUUUUGCUCUUUGCUUGACAUUUCCCUGAGAGGCAAAGUGCGCCUCAGCAGCCAGCCAGCCGCCGUCGGGUCCCCACGUGCACACGCGGGUGCCGAUCACAUUGGCAGGCUGGUGCUGCAGACUUGAAUUUGGGGAGUAGCGGGAGCAGAAGCACGAGCUAAAGAAAGAAAGAAGCGAGUUUCUCAGAAGCUCUUUGGCGCAGCAAGGGUUGCAAAGAGAAGGCAUUGAUUGCACCGAGUUGCGGCGGCGGGAGCAGCAGCAGCAGCAGGAUGCCGGCGGCUGCUGGCGACGGGCUCCUGAGCGAGCCCCCCGCGGCGAGCUUCGGCGACGGCGGCGACGAGCCCACGACGCCCCCCCUCAGCCCCGAGGGGACGUUCCUGGCCGCCUGGGUCAACGCGGCCGCGUCCCGGGAGCGGCUCCGCGAGUUCCAGCACACCAAGCGCGUGGGCAAUUACCUGAUCGGAAGGAAGUUGGGCGAGGGGUCCUUUGCCAAAGUGCGGGAAGGGCUGCACGUCGUGACCGGAGAAAAGGUGGCAGUGAAAGUUAUUGAUAAGAAAAGAGCCAAAAAGGACACCUAUGUCACCAAGAAUCUGAGGCGGGAGGGACAGAUCCAGCAGAUGAUCCGACACCCUUACAUUGCUCAGCUGCUGGAUAUCUUGGAAACGGAAAACAGCUACUACCUUGUUAUGGAGCUGUGCCCAGGAGGCAACUUGAUGCACAAAAUCUAUGAGAAAAAGAGGCUGGAAGAGCAUGAAGCACGCAAAUACAUCCGGCAGCUUAUCUUGGCUGUUGAACACCUACAUCGUGCAGGGGUGGUUCACAGAGAUUUGAAGAUAGAAAAUCUCUUGCUUGAUGACAACAACAAUAUCAAGCUUAUUGACUUUGGCUUGAGCAACUGUGCAAGUAUCUUGGGAUACUCUGAUCCAUUCAGCACGCAGUGCGGUAGUCCAGCCUACGCAGCACCAGAGCUGCUUGCAAGAAAAAAAUACGGUCCCAAAAUAGAUGUUUGGUCCAUUGGGGUGAAUAUGUAUGCAAUGUUGACUGGGACACUGCCGUUUACUGUGGAGCCAUUCAGUCUGAGAGCACUGUACCAGAAAAUGGUAGACAAAGAAAUGAAUCCUUUCCCUACUCAGCUCUCCACAGCGGCUGUGAACUUCCUACGAUCUCUGCUAGAGCCAGAUCCUACAAAGAGGCCAAACAUCCAACAAGCCUUAGCGAAUCGUUGGCUUAAUGAGAAUGGAAAAGUUCUGAAUAAUGUCACGUAUCCAAACAGAAUCCACAUAGAAGACAUCAGCCAGAGUGUGCUGCUCUACAUGACUGAAAAGCUUGGCUAUAAGAACAGUGAUGUGAUCAAUACCGUCCUCUCCAACCGGGCUUGCCACACUUUGGCCAUCUACAUCCUGCUUAAUAAGAAGCUGGAACGCUAUUUGGCAGGCCUUAGAAAGACAGAAGCUCCCGAUAAUGUGUACAUGAACCAUUGGUGUCGGAUAGAAAAAUACAAGUCAAACAAGGACACCUACGAGGACAAAAAGGUCAAGGAACAGGAAACGAAGGAAGAGCCUCUUCACCCGCUUCUGAAGAAAUCUGAGAAAAAUUCCCCCACCUACAAAGAACCUCCUACCUGCCUUCUGACACAGAUACAGACUACAAAAGCUCUGCUGAAUGAUCACAAAGCGACCCAGGGUGCUGCACCAGAGAAAGAUUCUCCUGGUGGCUUGAGCCCCUUCCAUGAAUCAGCUACAGCCAAGACAGGUUGUGUCACCUCCUAUUCUCUGGAAUACCUUGAAAUCCAGCAACCUGUUCCAAGGACCCCAAGGCUCACCAAGCGGCAAGAUUCUCCUCAGCAAGAGCCCUCAAGCCCUGGCAGCCAGAAUUUGGAUUCUCCUUUAAUUCUGAACAUUGUGCAUUCUUUUGAAACCGGCGACAGAGAGGACCAAAUAGACCAAAUUUCUCCCACGCAUCAGUAUCGAAUGCUAAGCUCGCCAGUCAAUUUUGGUCGGAGAAGUUCCAGUGAAAGGACAUUGUCUCCGCUCUUCCAGCCAGGGGGAACUUCUCCCAGUCCUACUAAAAGUCCAGUUCAUCCUACUCAACUGUCCUUCACAUAUGACGAAAAGAGCAGUUCUUUUAGAGAGGAAGCUGUGUCUCCAACCCAGCUAAAUAAUGCCUCUAAUCCUCUGGGGAGCCCUAACUGUGUGAAAAGCAGAGGUCGAUUCCCCAUGAUGGGUAUUGGACAGAUGAUGCGGAAAAGGAAUCAGUCAGUAGGGUCACCAACAGAGAAGACGCUGGAAGCAAGAAUGCCUCAGCUGCAGCAAAUGAGCCCAACACAAAUUUCAUUCAAUAUAAUGGACCCUAUAAAUGGCCAGUGCUGAGGUGACUUUUCUGAAAAUCUAAAUUUGUGUAGUGCCGUUUUCUGGGGCUUUCCCAUAGAAGUAGUGAAAUGUUUUUUCCUGUGUAUUUUGUUAUCACAUUCAAUAAAGAAAUCACAAGGCCACAUAUUUCAGUGGCCUAGGACUAGUGUCAUUGGUGGGAAAGGACAAAUAUUUCAAGUGAUGUAAAGACUUACUUUUGAAGAUCUGUGUAAUCUUGCCAAGCAGAUACUUUUUGGCUGUGUUCUAAUAUUGCACAUAAGUUUAUGUCAACAACAGACCACUGGACCUAACAACUUGCUUGGACAGUGAAAGAAGAAUUUGUUGAAUUGCCCUCUGGUUUGUAAAGCUGUGGUUGAUGUUCUUGUCAGGCAAUAGUUCUCUGUUUCACAGGCAUAAGCACCAUUCAUAUUACUCAAAAACAGGAAAACUAAGUUUUUUCAUAUUUCUGAAGCAAAUGUGCUCUCUUCAGUCAUGUACAGAUGAAGAAGAAACAGACCUGAAAGGACUUGGCAUAAAAGCACAAAAACCAGAGCUAGAUGCUAAUAACUGAAGCAGUUUUUACUGUCUAAUAACUCCAAAACACCUAAAACCAUUCUAUAUUUUUCCUAAAGGAAAUGUUCAUUUGUAA